CAUUAUUUUUGAACUGGUCCCCAGGGUCCUGUCUUAGCCCUGCCUCUUCACUGUUUUGGGGAUUUAACCUACGUGAGUUUUUCGUUCUUUCAUCCAGCUCCACGGCCACAUCGAAGCAUUCCCACCACCAUCACUCCUUUGAAAACUGGUUACCUGGUUCCCUCCAGGGCACAAGAUGUCUCUGCCCUUUUAUCAGAAGCUCCACCAGCACUAUGACAGCAGCUACCGCAACAGGGACCUUCGCACCACCAUGAGCCAAUACCAGCAGGAGAAGAAAAGUUCUGCCAUCUACACCCAUGGCUCCACGGCCUACAGCAGCCGCUCCUCAGCGGCGCACCGCCAGGAAUCCGAGGCCUUCAGCCUGGCGUCUGCUGCCUCCUACCAGCAGCAGGCCUCCCGGGCCACUGCGUCCACCCAUGCAUUUGCUGCCAGUCGGAAGACAGCCUCAGCCUACGAUUAUGGCUACUCCCACGGACUUACAGAUUCCAGUCUGAUGUUAGAAGAUUAUUCAUCCAAGUUAAGCCCCCAAGCAAAGAGAGCCAAGAAGAGCCUUCUCUCUGGGGAGGAGAAGGAAAAUUUGCCAAGUGACUAUAUGGUGCCCAUUUUCUCAGGACGCCAAGUGCAUGUCAGUGGACUUACAGAUACGGAAGAAGAAAGAAUUAAAGAAGCUGCUGCUUAUAUAGCCCAGAGAAAUCUUCUUGCUAGUGAAGAAGGAAUCAUGGCAUCCAAACAGUCUGCAGUAUCCAAACAGUCUGCAGUAUCCAAACAGUCUGCAGUGUCCAAACAGUCCACGGUAUCCAAACAGUCCACUGUAUCCAAACAGUCUGCAGUAUCCAAACAGUCCGCGGUAUCCAAACAAUCUGCAUCCACUCUUCACCAGGAGGAAGCUUUUGAGAAGAAGUCAAGGAAGGUAGCAAUUCGAGAAAAGGCAGAGCACUUGUCGCUGACAAAAACAUUAGAAGAAACUGAGGCAUUUCAUAGAAAGUUGAAUGAAGAUCAUCUUCUCCAUGCUCCUGAAUUUGUCAUUAAACCUCGUUCCCACACUGUUUGGGAGAAAGAAAAUGUAAAAUUACAUUGCUCUGUAUCUGGCUGGCCAGAACCUCGUCUCACCUGGUAUAAAAACCAGGUGCCAAUAAACGUCCAUGCAAACCCUGGAAAAUAUAUUAUUGAGAGUCGAUAUGGAAUGCACACUCUGGAGAUCAAUGCAUGUGAUUUUGAAGACACUGCCCAGUACCGGGCCUCAGCGAUGAACGUUAAAGGGGAGCUUUCAGCAUAUGCUUCAGUCGUGGUAAAGAGAUAUAAGGGAGAGUUUGAUGAAACUCGCUUCCAUGCUGGGGUUUCCACCCUGCCCCUCAGCUUUGCGGUGACCCCUUACGGUUAUGCAUCCAAGUUUGAGAUCCACUUUGAUGACAAGUUUGAUGUGUCUUUUGGAAGAGAGGGCGAGACAAUGAGUCUAGGCUGCCGUGUAGUUAUCACUCCUGAAAUCAAGCAUUUCCAGCCAGAGAUCCAGUGGUACAGAAAUGGAGCACCUGUUUCUCCAUCCAAAUGGGUGCAAACACAUUGGAGCGGAGAUCGAGCCACACUGACAUUUUCUCAUCUCAACAAAGAAGAUGAAGGCCUCUACACAAUCCGCGUACGAAUGGGAGACUAUUAUGAACAAUAUAGCGCCUAUGUCUUUGUCCGAGAUGCUGAUGCAGAGAUUGAAGGAGCUCCAGCCUCUCCCUUGGAUGUUGUGUCCUUGGAUGCCAACAAAGAUUAUAUCAUCAUCUCUUGGAAACAGCCAGCUGUGGAUGGAGGGAGUCCUAUCCUGGGAUAUUUUAUUGAUAAGUGUGAGGUGGGCACAGAUAGCUGGUCUCAAUGCAAUGACACACCUGUAAAGUUUGCUCGUUUUCCAGUCACUGGGUUGAUAGAAGGUCGUUCUUACAUAUUUCGAGUUCGAGCUGUGAAUAAAAAUGGAAUAGGUCUACCAUCUAGAGUUUCUGAGCCUGUGGCUGCUCUGGAUCCAGCUGAGAAAGCACGACUUAAAAGUCGCCCUUCAGCACCGUGGACUGGGCAGAUCAUUGUCACUGAAGAGGAGCCUACAGAAGGUAUUGUUCCUGGGCCACCCACAGACCUCUCUGUCACAGAGGCCACCCGGAGCUAUGUGGUGCUCAGUUGGAAGCCCCCUCGCCAACGUGGCCAUGAGGGCAUUCUGUACUUUGUGGAAAAGUGUGAUGCAGGAACAGAAAACUGGCAGCGGGUGAACACAGAGCUCCCUGUGAAGUCUCCCCGCUUUGCUCUCUUCGACCUUGCUGAAGGGAAAUCCUACCGUUUCCGUGUCCGCUGUUCUAACUCAGCAGGAGUUGGUGAGCCUUCAGAGGCAACCGAAGUGACCGUUGUAGGGGACAAACUUGAUAUCCCCAAGCCCCCAGGCAAAAUCAUCCCAAGCAGAAAUACAGACACAUCAGUGAUAGUUUCAUGGGAGGAAUCCAAAGAUGCUAAGGAGCUGGUCGGGUACUACAUAGAGUCCAGUGUUGUCGGCUCUGGCAAGUGGGAGCCCUGCAAUAACAAUCCUGUGAAAGGCUCACGAUUUACUUGCCAUGGAUUGGCAACUGGUCAGAGUUACAUCUUCCGGGUCAGAGCAGUUAAUGCAGCUGGACUUAGUGAAUAUUCACAGGAUUCAGAAGCAAUAGAAGUAAAAGCUGCUAUUGGGGGAGGAGUGUCUCCAGAUGUGUGGCCUGAACUGAAUGAUACACCUGGUGGACUAACAGACUCCAGGGGAGGCAUGCAUGAAGCCUCCCAGCCAGCCUUUAAGAAAAAUGCUUUGCUUGGUAGCAAACUUAACAAACCUUCACUACCCAGUAGCGCUCACAACCUGGGCCAAACAGAAGUGAGUAAAGUAAGUGAAACAGUUCAGGAAGAGCUUACCCCAUCACCACAGAAGGCAGCCCUUAAGGGGAAAAGUAAGUCUGACCCUCUGAAAAAGAAGAAGGACCUAGCGGCACCAUCUCCACCCUGUGAUAUCACUUGUCUUGAAAGUUUUCGUGACUCGAUGGUUCUUGGAUGGAAGCAACCAGAUAAGACUGGAGGAGCUGAAAUUACUGGCUAUUAUGUAAACUAUCGUGAGGUAAUUGAUGGAGUACCAGGAAGAUGGAGAGAAGCCAACAUCAAAGCUGUCAGUGAUGAGGCAUAUAAGAUUAGCAACUUGAAGGAAAACAUGGUGUAUCAGUUUCAAGUGGCGGCCAUGAACAUCGCUGGGUUGGGAGUACCCUCAGCAGUAAGUGAAUGCUUCAAAUGUGAAGAGUGGACCAUUGCUGUUCCAGGACCCCCACACAAUGUCAAAUAUAGUGAGGUUAGGAAAACCUCCCUGGUUCUGCAGUGGAAGCCUCCUGUCCAUUCUGGAAGGACUCCGGUCACUGGGUACUUUGUGGACUUGAAAGAGGCCAAUGCCAAAGAUGACCAAUGGCGAGGACUCAACAAGGCAGCUAUUAAAAACACGUACCUGAGGGUACAAGGCCUCCAGGAGGGCAUGAGCUACGUGCUCCGUGUCCGAGCCAUAAACCAGGCGGGUGUCGGCAAGCCAUCGGACCUCGCUGGGCCUGUUGUGGCAGAAACUCGUCCAGGAACUAAAGAGGUUGUUGUAAAUGUGGACGAUGAUGGAAUAAUUUCAUUGAACUUUGAAUGUGAUCAGAUGACUCCAAAUUCUCAGUUCAACUGGUCCAAGGAUUAUGUACCCACUGAGGACUCUCCACGAUUAGACAUUGAAAGCAAAGGCAACAAGACAAAAAUGACCUUCAAGGACCUGGGGAUGGAAGACCUGGGCAUUUACUCCUGUGAUGUGACAGACACUGAUGGAAUAGGGUCCAGUUACUUGAUCGAUGAGGAAGAGCUGAAACGUUUACUGGCUCUCAGCCAAGAACACAAGUUCCCAACUGUCCCAGUUAAAUCAGAGUUGGCAGUUGAAAUUUUGGAGAAAGGCCAGGUCCGGUUUUGGAUGCAGGCUGAGAAGCUGUCUGCCAACACCAAAGUCACCUACAUAUUUAAUGACAAGGAAAUUUUUGAAGGGCCGAAAUAUAAGAUGCAUAUUGACCGGAACACUGGUAUAAUUGAAAUGUUCAUGGAAAAGCUACAGGAUGAGGAUGAGGGAACAUAUACUUUCCAGCUUCAAGAUGGAAAAGCAACUGGCCAUUCUACUCUUGUUCUCAUUGGAGAUGUUUAUAAAAAGCUCCAAAAAGAAGCUGAAUUCCAGCGGCAAGAAUGGAUCAGGAAACAAGGUCCUCAUUUUGCUGAGUAUUUGAGCUGGGAAGUGACUGGUGAAUGUAAUGUACUAUUGAAAUGCAAGGUGGCAAAUAUUAAGAAGGAGACCCAUAUUGUGUGGUACAAAGAUGAGAGAGAGAUAUCAGUGGAUGAAAAGCAUGACUUCAAGGAUGGUAUAUGUACCCUGCUUAUAACAGAGUUUUCCAAGAAAGAUGCUGGGAUUUAUGAAGUUAUUCUGAAAGACGACAGAGGAAAAGAUAAGAGCAGACUGAAGCUUGUGGAUGAAGCCUUUAAAGAACUGAUGACCGAAGUAUGUAAAACAAUAGCUUUGUCUGCUACAGACCUGAAAAUCCAGAGCACAGCCGAGGGCAUCCGACUGUACUCUUUUGUUACUUACUACGUGGAUGAUCUAAAAGUUAACUGGUCCCACAAUGGGACUCCUAUUAAGUACACAGACAGAGUUAAGAGUGGGGUCACCGGGGAGCAGAUCUGGCUGCAAAUCAAUGAGCCCACUCCGAAUGACAAAGGGAAAUAUAUAAUGGAACUCUUUGAUGGCAAAACUGGACACCAGAAGAUGGUGGAUCUUUCUGGACAAGCAUACGAUGAAGCCUUUGCUGAAUUCCAGAGAUUAAAACAAGCUGCCAUUGCUGAGAAAAAUCGUGCCCGAGUGUUGGGUGGUCUCCCAGAUGUGGUCACCAUCCAGGAAGGCAAGGCACUUAAUCUCACCUGCAUCGUUUGGGGCGACCCAACUCCAGAGGUUUCUUGGUUGAAGAAUGAGAAGCCCUUGGUCCCAGAUGACCACUGCAGUGUCAAGUUCGAGGCUGGCAAGACUGCCUACUUCACCAUCAAUGGGGUGAGCACGGCCGACUCUGGCAAAUACGGGCUAGUUGUGAAGAACAAAUACGGCUCAGAGAUCAGCGACUUCACUAUCAGUGUGUUCAUCCCAGAGGAGGAGGCAAGAAAGGCCACUGAGCAGUCCCAGAAAGGCAACAAGAAGUCCAAGUGACCAGAGACCACCCAGAGGGUGUGCAAGGGCAAGGGCAGCUGGGCUGAGCUGCCUUAUGUUACUUGUGUGCAAAUGGUUUGGGCUUAUGUAUAAGGAAGUCUUCAUGCUUUCUACUCCCUAUUUUUGUGCUGGCUCCGGGGAAAAUUGUGAAAUCUUUUAUUCAUAUAAAAAACCAUCAACUAACAACAUUUUAAUAGUUUUUCUUUAUCUACAAAUUCCGUGUUAAGAAAAUACCAUUUGUAGCACAAAUAUUAGGAAACGGUUUUAAGGAAAAGACCAGAAUAAAGUCAGAGGGACGUUGAAUGAUGGUCAGAGAGCAGAUGUAUGUGUUGUGAACCAGUGUUUGGACUCGGCUAGACUUUUCCCAGUAAAUUCUCAUGGGUUGCAAUCACACUUCAGCAUCCUGUCAAGAUGGGGACAAAUUGUUAAGCCACCUGGUAUGUUUUGUGUGUUGUUAAUGAUAGUGACGUGCACUUCUGUUGACGGUCUUGUGAUUUGGAGCCUCCUCAGUAUUAAUAAACAGUCCUCACACCUCUC